GUGACGUGUCCCCGGGCAGGUGAGGCGGUUGUGGGCGGGGACAGCAGGUGCCGCACUGUGUCCGGUAUGGAGGGGUCCCCGGGGGCCAAGAACCCCAGAACGGAGGAGGAGGAGGGGAGCACGGUGUGAGGGAGCCGCGGCGGCUGCAGGUCUCCUGGAAGUAGACGCCUCAAGCUGGAGCCAUGAGUGCCCCCAAACAAUGGGACGUCAGCAAGACCUUGGCCAUUGCCAGCUUAUUCAAUUUCUUCCACAACAUUGGAAAUUUCUGCGUCUUUCCCUUUUUAACCAUCUUCUUCCGACACUUCGGACUCAGCCCCCCACUGGUGGGCAUUAUAAUGGGGGCAAAACACAUCGUCUUCGCUCUCUGGGCUCCGUUUUGCUCUUUUGUGGCCAAGACCAACAGCAAGAGAAGGAUCAUCAUUAUUUCUUCUUUGCUUUUUUCGGCGGCGGCUAGCGGAGUCCUCACCUUUUUCCCGCCGCUGCAGCAGGACAUGGUCCUUAAGUUCUGCAACGUCAGUCUCUCGGGGACAAACAGACAGACUAUACCGGGUGCCAUGGACAUGGAAAUGUACGGACCUGAGGACAACGGCAGUUUUGUGUUGCCUGAACCUCCCCAGAUAACUACAACGGCGUCGGUCAUGUUUACAAGUCUUAGAAAUUCAGAAUCCAUGGAGAGUAAGAUGACUCCUAAAGCCUUAAAGAAUGUGUACGCUGAGACUCCUCGUAGCGCAGAUUUAUUCAUCCAAUUAAAAGCUGCCGUCACCCCCAAAAAACUGCCUAAAACAGAUGCUUCUAAAAGCUAUACCAAGCCAAAAGGUAGAAUCACCACCAGCGAGCAAUCUACAGUCACCCCGGAGCAUAGGACCUAUUUAACCAACGCAGUUAUGAGGGCCUCCUUAGCACAGGAACCUCAAGAUGGUUCCAUCACUUUCCAAUCACAAACUGAAUCUUUCAACCACGAUGUGCCAAAGAAAAGAGACCUUGCCGAAAAGGCCACCCAACCCGAACACUUUCUGAUUGAACAUAAGAUAUUCCUGGUUGUUCUGGGAAUUGUACUUAUUUGGGAAAUUGUUGCUUCGCCUCUGGAGUGGACGGCAGACGACAGCGUUUACGAAUACCUUGACUUUGUGGACGCCACGGAUCGGCACGAGAAGAUCUGGAUCUGGCGUUACUUGGGGGCUUGCCUCGGAUCCUUCUCCAUCGUGUUUCUGAUAGACAACGUCAACUGUUUCUUGAUCCCCGGCCUACCCAGAGUCUACCUCCACUUUUAUGGCUACUCUACCUUUAUGAUUAUCACUCUUCUGUUGAGCGCGCUGUAUCCCAUACACGUCUCGAAGAAAACGGAACACGCAAGCAAGACCAUCAAAGCUUUGGGCCUCAUGGUAAGUGACGGCCGUAUCAUCUUGAUUUCGGUGACCGUGUUUUUGAUGGGUGCCGUGAGGUCCACCGCCACCAAUUUCCUAUUUUGGAAGAUGCAGGAUAUGGGGAGCUCAGAACUUUACAUGGGACUUUCUGUGGUCCUCGCCCUCGUUUCUGAAAUCAUCCUGUAUAUUUUUAAAGGCAAACUUAUGAGGUCCUUGUCCUUCAAGUGGAUGGUGGCCCUUGGCCUCCUCUGCCAAGCAGUAGAGUUUUUGUAUUAUUCCUUCCUGUGGGUACCUUGGGCUGUGUUACCUAUUCAGUUAACAAGCGCUUUCAGCAACGGCGUUCUUUUAUGGGCCAUCAAAUCACAAAUUGAUGACGUGGCCACACCAGGAAUGGAGAGGUCCAUCCAGCUCGUCCUGCACUGCUUAUCCCACCACUUCGGAGCUAGCCUAGGCAGCUUUGCCAGCGGUUUUGUCAUCAGCAGUUUCAGCCUAGUCAUUCUCUUCCAGUCCUGCUGUGUAUUAUUACUGGUCUGGUUAUUGAUGUUUUUGGUCAUCCAACCCAAGCUUCCUCACAUCAAGAAGAUCAACUACUCACGGCUUCUCGCCCCCGACAACAGUGACAUGAGUGACUCCGAGGACGAUCAGGAAAGAGACUGGCUGGUCAAGGCCAUGAAAGAUGACAGUAAAAUAUGGUAGCCCUGGACGUUGGCUGUAAUCCAUGACCAAGACUUGACGUAUCUAGGAUCCAAGCCUGAAAAUAUCGGAACUUCUCCAAUCCAAGCAGUUCAUUUCUCAUCCAUCGGCAUGGGCGUCCGCAGGUAGGGGCAAGGGGGGCAGGUGCCACC